AACGCAGGCGGCCCGUGGUCCAGGCGGCAGCUCCGCCCCCCCUCCACACCCACCCGCAGGCUUCGCUCCCACCCGCACCGGAGCCCGGGGGUACCCGCGGCCGAGGCCAGCCCUUCCCGUGGGGGCGGCCGGGCGUGGGAGCCGGGCUGAGCCCCGGGCCCAGCGGGGGGGCUGCACCCAGGGGGCAGUGGCGGGUCCCGGGGCCCCUCCCGGCCCUCCGCAGGCGCCCCCGGUCCAAGCCGGAGCCGGGGCCGGGGCCGGGCCGCGCUGCCCUCUCCCCCGCGCGGCCGGGCCCGGGGGCGCGGGGAGGCUGAAAGGGCCCUUUGUGCGGAGCGGCGGCGUGCGGGCCCCGGGCCCCGGGCUCGGAUUCCCGCCGGGUUAGGUCAUGGCCGGGCUGGAAAGCGGCUCAUUGUGCUGCCGGCGCGGAGCGGGAGCGGGGGGGACGCAUUCCUCGGCCCCCCGCUCCCCGCGUGCCAGCGGCGCCCCGCUCCGGCCCCGCUCCCCCCCGCCCCCCGCUGCGGCUCUGCGGGAGGGGCGCGGGGAGGGGGGGCAGGAGCGGCGCCGGGCGCCCGAGGGGUUAAGGGCCCGGGCCCGCGGCGGGGGAAGCAAGGAAGGAAGGAAGGAAGGAAGGAAGGAAAGGCCGGUGCCGCGAGUGAAAUUCAAGCCGGAGCUGGAGGCGCGCUGCAAGGAGCGGGUGAAUGCACUGGCCAUCGCCGUGAUGAACAUGUGGCCGGGCGUGAAGCUGCGGGUGACCGAGGGCUGGGACGAGGACGGGCACCACCUGCCCGAGUCGCUGCACUACGAGGGGCGGGCGCUGGACAUCACCACGUCGGACCGCGACCGCGACAAGUACGGGCUGCUGGCGCGCCUGGCCGUCGAGGCCGGCUUCGACUGGGUGCACUACGAGUCCAAGGCGCAUGUCCACGUCUCCGUCAAGGCGGAUAACGCGCUGGCCGUGCGCACGGGCGGCUGCUUCCCCGGCGACGCCACGGUGACCCUGCGCAGCGGCGAGCGCCGGGGCCUGGCGGAGCUGCGGCGCGGGGACUGGGUGCUGGCGGCGGAGCCGGGCGGCCGCCUGGUGCCCACCGAGGUGCUGCUGUUCCUGCACCGCGACCCGGGCCGCCGCGCCGCCUUCGUGGCCGUGGAGACGGGCCGGCCCGGCCGGCGCCUGCUGCUCACGCCCUCGCACCUGGUCUUCGCCGCGGCCAACGGCUCCGCCGGCUUCGCGCCCGUCUUCGCCCGACGGCUGCGGCCCGGGGACGCGGUGCUGGCGCGGCGCGGCGCGGGGCAGGGGCUGCAGCCGGCGCGGGUGCUGCGCGUGUGGCGGGCCGAGGCGCGGGGGGUCUACGCGCCGCUCACGGCCCACGGGACGCUGCUGGUGGACGGCGUGCUGGCCUCGUGCUACGCCGCGCUGGAGAGCCACGGCUGGGCCCACCGCGCCUUCGCCCCGCUGCGCCUGGCACACGGGCUGCUCUCGCUGCUGCCCGGCACCAGCACCGGCCCCGCCACCGGCAACGACACCGGUCUGCACUGGUACUCGCGCCUGCUGUACCGCGCCGCCCGGCGGGUGCUGGGCCCCGGCGCCCUGCUGCCCUAGGCACCCCUCCGGCACGUCCGCGGCCUCGUGCUCCCUCCCCGCCGCUCCCCGGGGCCCUGUCCCUGUUCUCCGGGGCCUCGCGGCGGGGCCUGUUCCCCUUCUCGGUGCCCUUCGACGGUGCCUUGUCCCACGCCCCGGUACUUCGAGGGGGGGGCGUCCCCCUCCCCGGUGCUCUGCGGUGUGCCCUGUCCCCUUCCCCGGGGCCUCGUGAGCGCCCCGUUCCCCUCUCCCGGGUCUUGACAGGGGUGCUGUCUCCGCUCCCCGAGGCCCUGCGGGGGUGUCGCCGCGCCUCGUGGCGGUGGAGCGCUUGGGGGAAAGACGCGGGCCCGGCGAGUCGUGGGCGGGGGUGGCCCCGCAGCCGGUGGCGGGAGGUCUGUCGGUAACCGGUUAACCGCGCUGCUCUAACCGCGCUAACCCCGCCCGCCGCCCGCAGAGUUUUAUUUUUCUAUGGAUAAAGGGUAAUAUAAUUCUGUGCACCCGCUUCCUCUUCCCCGGGACCGACCCCGCGGCGGCCGGGGGGGAGGGGGGGGCGGCGGGCCACGGAUGGACACUGCCUUAACCUGCGGUUUUAUCAUUAUUUUGAAAUAAUAUUUAAUAACGUGGUUGGUUCUUUAAAUAAAGAGUUUAUGGCCUUGA